GUGAACCACGUGACACGUCUCGCAGCCAAUGAGGAGGUGGCAGGGGUGGGCACUGCUGUUUGAACCGGGCGGCGGCGGCGCCGGUCGGGGCAGUGACCUGCGAGCCUGAGGAUGCCUCUGCACGGCGCGAGGGCCGCGGCUCUGCUCGCUUGGGUGAACAGCACAAAUGUGUGCUCCGAGCCCCUCCAGGAGCUGUCCCAGCUCCGGGACUGCAGCGUCUUCAUCCGGAUCAUCAACAGAAUGCUCCGGAGCGAGGACGCGGAAUCGGCGCUGGAGCAGGCGCUGCCGCAGAGGAUCAGCUUCAUCUGCGCCUUCCUGCACAAGCACUGCAAGCACAAAUCGGCCCCGGAGAGCCUGAUCCCGGCGCAGCAGCUGCUGGAGGGAGAGGAGCUGGCCUUGGCCAAGGUGGCCGUGCUGCUCCUGUACCAUGCGUCCAUGAGCUGCAGGAGCCCUGCGGACUGGAGCGAGUUCGACUACGAGACCCAGGUGGAGCUGGCAGCGAUCCUCAGGUUCGUGCUGGACAACGAGGAGAGCCUGAGUGAGAACCUGGAGCUGUUCCUGCAGAGGAAGGCCCCGCCGUCCUUAUCCGGCAGCAGCUCCGAGGAGCAUUCCCCGCUGCCGCCCUUCCCACAGGUGCGUUUCCUGGAGCUGCAGAAGAUUGCUUCAUCCUCCUCCUCCUCCUCCAGCACCAACAGUGUCCUGCCCGGGGCCCCCUCCUCGCCCAUGGGGGACAUCAUGCAGACCCCCCAGUUCCAGCUGCGGCGCCUCAAGAAGCAGUUGGCUGCGGAGCGGGAAAACCGGGAUGAGCUGGAGGUGGAGCUGGCAGAGAACCGGAAACUCAUCACGGAGAAGGAGGCUCAGAUCAGCCUCAUGCAGCAGCGGAUCGACCGCCUGGCCCUGCUCAAUGAGAAGCACGCUGCUGACCAGCUGGAGCCCAAGGAGAUGGAGGAGCUGAGGGAGAAGAACGAGAGCCUCAUGGCGCGCUUGCACGAGGCGCUGAGGCAGUGCCAGGACCUGAAGACUGAGAAGGGGCAGAUGGACCGGAAGAUCAGCCAGCUCUCCGAGGAGAACGGGGACCUCUCCUUCAAGCUCCGGGAGAUCGGCAGCCACUUGGUGCAGCUGCAGGAGGCCCUGAACGAGCUCUCGGAGGAGCACAACGCGGCGCUGGCCCAGGCCCAGGAGAAGCAGGGGCAGCUGGAGACGGAGCUGCGAGGAGCCCUGCAGGACAAGAAAUGCUCCGAGGAGAAGAUUGAGAUCCUGCAAGGGAAGAUCUCUCUGCUGGAGGAUCAAGUGGCCCAGCUGGGAGAGUGCAGCAGCCAGAAGGGAGAGGUGCUGGGGGACGUCCUGAAGCUGGAGGAGCUGAAGCAGGAGGUGUCCGCUCUCACCAGGGAAGGUGCCGAGCUGCAGGCCACGGUGCUGCGGCUGGAGGAGGAGAAGCAGCAGCAGGAAGCAGCCCUGCAGUCGCAGCGGGGCCUCUUCGAGCAGGAGAAGCAGCAGCUUGGCAGCCUGGUGAGCAGCCUGCAGGAUUCCCUCGCCGAGGGCCAGCGGCGCCGGGAGGAGCUGGAGCGGGAGCUGCGGGAGCGGGAGGCCGCCGGCGCCCGGCACGAGCAGAGCCUGCAGCAGCUGCAGGAGGCCAACGCUUCCCUGAGCAGCCAGCUGCAGGCGCGGGAUUCCGAGCAGGCCGCCUGGGAUGGGGAGAGGGCAGAGCUGAGCCGCAGGAUCCGGGAGCUGGAGGGGAGGAUGGUCGAGCUGGGCCCCCAGCAGGCCCAGCUGCAGGAGCUGGAGGCGCGGCUCAAGGAGAGCCAGCAGCGGCUGGCCGAGAGGGAGCGGCUGGCGCGGGAGAACAGCCGCCUGCAGGAGCAGCUCCUCUUCCUGGAGGAAUCCCUGCGCAACACCGAGGGCAUCCUGGAGGAUGAGAAGAGGAGGGCGGCCGAGAGCCUGGAGGGCAGCCUGGCCCGCAUCGCCGAGCUGGAGGCCGAGAGGCAGCGCCUGCAGCCGGAGCCCGCAGAGCCGCCCCCCGCGGCCCGACGGGAGGACGAGGAGCGGGAGCUGCGGGCCCGGCAGGAGGAGGUGGCGGCGCUGCAGGCGCAGCACCGGGAGCGCGUGGCCGCCCUCGAGGCCGAGCUGGCGAGCGCCCGCACGUGGGCCCAGGAGAAGGAGGGCGAGGAGCAGCGGCUGAGGGCCGAGCUGCGCUGCCUGCAGGAGCGGGCGGAGCAGGAGCUGUCCCGGGAGCGGCUGCGCCGCGAGGAGCUGGAAGGCGCCGCGGCCGAGCUGCGGCGGGCGGCGGCGGGCGGGCGGCAGCGGGAGCAGGAGGCGGAGGCCGAGGCGCAGCGGCUGCGCGGGGAGGGCUCGGUGCUGCGCGCCCGGCUCGAGGAGGCGCUGCGGGAGCUGGGCAGCCGCGACGAGGAGGCCGCGCGCCUGCGGCAGGAGCUGGAGCGCGGCCGGGCCGAGAGCGGGGCCGAGCGCGCCCGCAAGGCCGAGCUGGAGGCGCAGCUGCAGAACAGCCUCAACGAGCAGCGCGUGGAGCGCGCCCGGCACCGCGACGAGCUGGCGCGGGCGCGGGAGCGGCUGCAGGAGCAGCAGGGGCUGCUGGAGGAGCUGCGCCGGGACAAGGCCGCGCAGGCGGAGGAGCUGCGGGAGCUGCGGGACACGGUCAGCAGGCUCCAAGGGGAGCUGCAGGAGGCCGCCCGCAGCCGCGCUGUGGAUGGGGACAGCGCUGCGGGCGCCAAAGGCUCGGAGCGGGAGCUGCGCGCGCAGGUGGAGGAGCUGGAGCGGCGCUGCCGGGAGCUGCAGGAGAGCGCGGCCGCAGCACGUGCGGAGCUCGAGGCCUCGCGCAGGGAAGGGGCUCGGCACCGGGAGCAGGCGUCGGAGCUGCAGGAGCUGCUGGAAGCCGCGAGGGCGGCGCAGGCGCUGCAGGAGGGGAGCGCGGAGGCGCUGCGCAAGGAGCUGCAGGAGAAGGGCCGGGAGCUGCUGCAGAGCCGCGGCACCGUGGCGGCGCACGAGAAGGAGCUGGCGGCUCUGCGCGCCGCGGAGGAGGGCUGGAAGGAGCAGCUCGCGCAGUGCGUGCAGGAGCUGGAGAGGAAGAGCGGCCUCGUCGGGAGCCUGGAGCACGAGGCGUCCGUCCUGCGCCGGCAGGCGGGCGAGAAGGAAGGGGAGAGCAAGGAGCUGAAGCGCCUGGCGCUGGCCGAGUCGGAGAAGAGCAAGAAGCUGGAGGAGCGGCUGCGGGUGCUGCAGGCCGAGAUGGCCACGGCGGCCUCGCGCGCGGCCGAGCGCUGCUCGCUCAUGAAGGUGGAGGUGCAGCGCUGCCAGGAGGAGAUGGACAAGCAGCGUGCGGCCCUCGAGGCGCUCAGGAGGGAGCGGCAGAGCCUGGGCGAGCGCGAGGAGGAGCUGCGCCAGGAGCUGCAGGGCUGCCGGGACGAGCGCAUGCAGCAGGAGCAGCUCGUGGCCGCGCUGCAGCAGGAGCUGGGCGCCGCGCAGGGCCUGGCCGCGGAGCUGCCGCCGCUCAAGCUCCUGUGCCAGCAGCUGCAGGCGGAGCGCGGCGCCCUGGAGAGCCAGCACCGGCAGGAGCUGGAGCAGCGCGGCCAGGCCCUGGGCACGCUGCAGGCAGAGCUGGCGGCGCUGCGGGAGCGGGCGGCCGAGCAGGACCGCGCCGUGCAGCGGCUGCAGGCGGAGCUGGGGCAGGCGCAGGAGCGGCACGGGCGGGAGCUGGAGCGGCUGCGGGCCGCGUCCGAGGAGCUGGUGGCCGGGAGCCGGCGGGAGGCGCAGGAGGCGGCGCGGAAGCUGGAGGCCGUGGGCAAGGAGCAGGAGAGCAGCAGAGCGGCGGCGCUGGAGGAGAGGAGGAAGCUGCUGGAGGACAGGCAGAGGCUGGCGGCGCAGGUGGAGCAGCUGGAGGCGGUUCGGAAGGAUCAAGCCAAGCAGGUGGAGGAGCUCAGUAAGAAGCUGACUCAGCACGAGAAGACCGCGCGGAGCCACCAGCAGAGAGUGAAGGUGCUGGAGGGGGAGCUGCAGGCAGAGGCCACGCGGCAGCAGGAGAGGGUGGCAGAGCUGCAGGAGCAGCUCGCGCAGAAGGAGCAGGCAGCCGAGCACUACAAAGGCCAAAUGGAGAAGGCAAAAACUCACUACGAUGCGAAGAAGCAGCAGAACCAGGACCUGGCGGAGAAGCUGAAGGCCAUGGAGCAGCUCCAGAAGGAGAACAGGGAGCUCCGGGCCGAGGCGGAGCGCUUGGCCAAGGAGCUGCAGCAGAGCGUGCUGCAGGCCAAGGAGUCGGAGCUCAGCUGCAGGAACCUCACCAGCCAGGUCCACAGCCUGGAGGCUCAGGUGGAAUUUGCCAACCAGCAGCUCCGGGAGCUCGGCAAGAUCCAGGUGUCCAAGGCCCCGCUGAAGGGCCAGGAGCUGAUCCACCAGAACCCCGCCGACAUCAGCACCGACAGCCUGGACCUCAGCCUCGAGGAAGCUGGGUCCCUCCACACCCGCAGGGAGGCCGCGCGCUCCCGCUCCGAGGACUCGGUGCUGGCUGCGGGCGCGGAGGAGUCACCGGCGGCGCGGCGGCUCCCGCGCAAGGUGGAGUCCCUGGAGAGCCUUUACUUCACCCCCCUGCCGAGCCGCACGCGGGCCCAGCGCAGCUCCAGCGCCGGCUCCUGCGGGGACCUCUCGCUCGACUCCGGCUGCCAGACCCGCUCCGCGCGGCGCCGCACCACCAUCAGCAUCACCAUGACCAAAAAACAAGCCAAGCCCGAGGAACCGGACGGCUCCGACGUCUCCUUCUGCAGCCUCCCCGGGGCUCAGCCCAGCGCCGCCCCGGCCCGGAGCCGCCUGCGCUCGGGCUCCUCGCGCUCCCUCGCCAGUUUCCCGUCCCAGGAGUCCCUGCUCCCGCCGGACGCCUCCUCCCCGCGGGACCCCCCUGCCCACGCCGCGCUCCUGGGGCUCCCCGGGUACCGCCCGGUCACGCGCAGCUCCCUGCGCCGCAUGCAGGGGGGCAGCAGCUCCAGCCUCGGCCGCAGCAGCCUCUACCUUGGCACGUGCCAGGAUGAGCCCGAGCAGCUGGAAGACUGGAACCGCAUCGCGGAGCUGCAGCAGCGCAACCGCGCCUGCCCGCCCCACCUCAAGACCUGCUACCCCCUGGAGAGCAGGUCCUCCAACUCGCUGGCGACCAUCACGGACGAGGAGAUGAAGACGGGGGACCCGCGGGAGACGCUGCGCCGCGCCAGCAUGCAGCCCCCACAGGGCCCCCCCGCCCCGCGCAGCAGCCUCAGCGCGGCCUGGCCCGGCAUCACCACCCGCCAGCAGCGCAAGAGGGCCUCCGAUGAGUCCCACCAGGGCCCAGACACCCCCGAGUCCAAGAAGCCCACCACGUGCUUCCCAAGGGCCCAGACCCCGCAGCGCCGCAGCGCCCAGCUCCGCCGCAGCACCCAGCCACCAGCGCCCCCCAAGCCGGCCGAGAGGCGCCAGUCCCUGGCCUUCAGCAUCCUCAACACCCCCAAGAAGCUGGGGAGCAGCCUCCUGCGCCGCGCCGCCGCCCGCAAAGCCACCCCCAAGGGCUCCCCCCGCGCCGGCGCCCGCCGCUCGCCCCGCAUCGCCACCGCCAAGUCCCCCAAGGGCAAGACCAGUCGCCAACAGCUCAAGGACACCAAAUUCUGAGCUUUGUCCCUGUGCCCCCCCCAGCCCGAGGCU